CCUUGAACUCAAUGCAAACGCCAAAUCUUGUACUACAAUAUAUAAUUUCAUUUUACAGUUAAUUAUAAAUCUUAGACAUUUAUUUAUUAUAUGGAUAAUCAAUUAAAAUGGCAAGCAUGAAGGCAUUCAGAGUUCUAGGUCGGCAUUCCUUACCAAAACCCGCCGCAAGAUCCUUAGUCCCACCUCCGGCUUUAGCAUCCCUUUCAUUCUCACGCUCACCACAACACAACACCCGACGAUAUGCCUCAUCAUCAAAACACCCUAAAGGCUUCGCGCCCCCAACCCCCAGCGACCUCGCCGAGUUAAGGGAACGUGUGCAAGAAUUCACACGGCGUGAGAUCACACCAGAAGUUGCCGCCUUAACCGACAAGAGCAAUGCCUUCCCGCCAGACAUGUGGGCUAAGCUCGGGGACGCGGGGUUUCUCGGCAUGACCGCAGAUGAAGAUGUCGGUGGUCUAGCGCUAGGAUAUCAAGCGCACUGCGUAGUAAUGGAAGAGUUGUCACGAGCCAGCGGCAGCAUCGGACUAAGCUACGCUGCGCACUCCCAGCUCUGCGUCAACCAACUACAACUCAACGGUUCCCCGGCGCAAAAAGCGAAAUACCUCCCCGGUUUAAUCGCCGGAACGCAAGUCGGUGCCUUGGCUAUGUCAGAAUCAGGUGCCGGCAGCGACGUCGUGAGUAUGCGUACCGUGGCGAAGAAAGCGGAUGGUGGGUACUUGUUAAGCGGGACUAAGAUGUGGAUUACGAAUGGUCCUGAUGCGGAUGUCGUGGUUGUGUAUGCGAAGACGGAGCCUGAGAAGGGGUCCAAAGGUAUCACGGCGUUUAUUGUGCAGACUGAUUCCGAGGGUUUUAGUUGUGCGCGGAAGCUUGACAAGAUGGGUAUGCGGGGGAGCAAUACGGGCGAGCUGGUUUUUGAUAACGUGUUCGUGCCAGAUGAAAAUAUAUUGGGCCAGGUGAAUGGUGGUGUACGCGUGUUGAUGGAGGGUCUGGAUCUUGAGAGACUGGUUCUCAGCGCCGGACCCCUUGGUAUAAUGCAAGCGGCUCUCGAUGUUGCGCUGCCAUUUACACAUCAACGGAAACAAUUCGGUGCUCCCAUCGCGCACAAUCAGUUUGUGCAAGGCAAGCUUGCUGAUAUGUAUACGAAACUGCAGGCUUCGAGGGCGUAUACCUAUGCUACCGCUAAAGCUGUAGAUGAGAAUGGAGAGAUUAGGACGCAGGACUGUGCCGGCGCUAUUCUGUACGCGGCAGAACGAGCGACAGAAUCCUCUCUAGACUGUAUCCAAUUACUUGGUGGCAUGGGUUACGUGGAAGAGAUGCCUGCGUCACGAUUAUUAAGAGAUGCCAAAUUAUACGAAAUAGGGGCAGGGACAUCGGAGAUUCGCCGCAUGGUUAUCGGAAGGGCGUUCAAUAAAGAAUACGCUCAUCUCGGGGCAUGAUAUGAACCAUAUUAGCGAUGCAUACAA